UUGAGCCGAGCCAGAGGAAGUUUGAACUGAGACGCUAGGAGAGAAAGUUCACCCGGAGCGGCAGCGUUUGGAGCGGGAAUAAUACGAUAACGGCCACAGCUGGUGGACCGGAGCUGGAAGAACGCGCGCUUUGAACGCGCUUGGAUGCGUGUUGCGGCGUUGAAGAGGUGUAAAGUGGAUUCGUGUGCCCGUGUGAUCGUCUCUUCGCCGCUCCCCCUCGCAGUGAGAUGGGGAAGGAGCAGGAACUGCUGGAGGCGGCGCGCACCGGGAAUCUGGCCGCCGUUGAGAAGCUCCUGUCCGGGAAGAGACAAUCGGCGGGAUUGGGCUCUGCGGGUGGUGGCGGUUCGUCCGGGAAUAUCGGGAGCAGCGGGCACAGCGCCUCCCACCCGCUCUCCAGUCUGCUCAGUAUCUGGAGGGGACCAAAUGUGAACUGUGUGGACAGCACUGGAUACACACCUCUACACCAUGCUGCUUUAAAUGGACACAGUGCGGUUGUGGAGGUGUUGCUACGAAACGAGGCUUUGACGAACAUCGCUGAUAACAAGGGCUGUUAUCCUCUUCACCUGGCGGCGUGGAAGGGAGACCAGUGCAUCGUCAAACUUCUCGUCCAUCAGGGUCCAUCUCACCCCAAACUCAAUGAACAGAGCUCUCUAGACUACAAAGAGUUCAAACGCUGUGGCCCAUUUGACCCCUAUAUUAAUGCUAAGAAUAAUGACAAUGAGACGCCGUUGCACUGUGCGGCUCAGUACGGCCACUCUCAGGUGGUGCAGUUACUGUUGGAGGAGUUGACCAAUCCCACCAUGCGCAAUAACAAGUUUGAGACGCCACUCGAUCUGGCCGCACUCUAUGGCAGGCUGGAUGUGGUCAAACUUCUGCUGAGCGCUCACCCAAAUCUGCUCAGCUCCAACACCAAGAAACACACCCCUCUCCACCUGGCCUCCCGCAAUGGACACCUGUCCGUGGUGGAAGUGCUGCUGGCCACCGGUGUGGAUAUCAACUACCAGACAGAAAAAGGCAGUGCCCUACAUGAAGCUGCUCUUUUUGGAAAGACCGAAGUGGUACAAAAACUUCUCAGUGCUGGAAUUGAUGUGAAUAUCGUGGACAGUAAGAAUCUAACAGCGCUGGACACUGUUAGAGAUAUGCCCUCUCAAAAGAGCCGACAGAUUGCCGCGCUCAUACAAGCUCAUAUGAGUGGCCAUCAAUCAGACAUGAGCCUCCCCCCUCCACCAGUGCCUCCACCUCAAGACAACCUGAGCCCCAAGAGAAAAGGAGAAAUGGAGCAGCAGGUGAGUGAGUUGAUUUCUGGUUUGGCUCCAGCCCCUGUUGAAGAGAGUCCAUAUGAAGCUCUGUUUGAAGCUUCAUCGUGUCACUCGCUCGACAGUCUAGCUAGCGGAAAAUCAUCGGACAGAGACUCCGGACGACCGGACAGCGAAGCUGGGAAGAAAGAGCAGCAUCCUCCAAAGAGUCAGUCUGCUCAUGCGCAGGAAGAGGAUCUCAGCACUGCGGCGGUUUACACCAACAGCAGUGUGGAUGAACGUGUUGAGCUGCUGGAGGAGGAGGAACACACUUAUGAACUGUUGCUUACCGCACAGACCAAGAUUCCCAACACCACACACAACAAAACAGAUGAGGAAGCCUCUGCCAAGUCUUCCAACAGCAUUCUACCUCAGCGGAAGACCACCGCACACAUUGACCUACGACCUCCAUCAUCUAACACAAACACCCUGCAGCCACCUGCACCUAUGUUUAGCACAGGCCAGACAUCUGGAGAGAGCUCUUCGCACAGUCAGGAUAUAAGCGGCAACGUUCCUGAGCAGUUCACUGGUCUUCUUCACGGUUCAUCACCGGUGGUCGACUGUCGGGAGGAAGCAUUCAGACUGCCGUCUUCUGGAGUGAAGUCCACCGAGGGUGCCAACACUUCGACAUCCAAAAGCUCCGCCCCCCUUCCCCAUCCAAACUCCAUCAUGGAAGCCGUUCUUCAGCGCAACGACCCCAAUGCUAUCUACGCCACGGUUCACAAAGAGCCGCGGGACUCGACUAAACACAGCUCGCCAGCUUGCAAUUCAGCGUCGCCGAGGAGGAUGCCUCCACCAGGUGAUCUCAAGCUAGCUCGGAGUCUUUCGAAAUCUGACUCGGACCUUCUCGUGUCCCCGCCCGGCGAGGAAGAGACUGGGUUGGGUGGACGAAGUGAGUCUGUGUCCAACUGUUGCACCGCCAAGAGGAGUCUAGAAAAAUCACCUUCGUUCACGUCAGAAUGGGACGAGAGACACAGACAUUCUCUCUCUAUUCCAUGGAGACGCCGGCCUACCCAAAAAAUUGAGAAGAUUAUGACUCUCAUCGGAGCCGGCUUCUCCAAAGACCAGGAGUGCCCUGCUUCAGGUGGAGCCGGGCGACUAAUCGAACAGCCGGUUGGUGAUUGGUUGGAGCAUAUAGGCCUUUCACAGUAUGAGAGUAAGUUGCUGCUCAAUGGCUUUGAUGACCUGCGGUUCAUGGGAAAUGACAUAAUGGAAGAGCAAGAUCUGAGAGAAAUAGGCAUCACAGAUCCAGGACAUCGUAGGAAGAUCCUGAACGCUGCUCGCUCUUUUCCAAAGGUGAAAGCAUUUGGCUGUGACGGCAGCACAUCUCUUGCUGCCUGGUUGGAUGUCUUGGGUCUUAAGGAAUAUUUGCACAACUUCCUGUCCAGUGGCUUUCGGACAUUAGACUGUGUGAAGAAUCUUUGGGAACUAGAGAUUGUUAAUGUGCUAAAGAUCACCUUGUUGGGCCACAGGAAAAGGAUCAUUGCAUCAUUAGCUGAACGACCCUAUGAGGAGCCUCCCAUCAAACCACCCCGCCUCUCGCAGAUCAGAUGUCAGGAUCUGAUGUCUCAGACGUCCUCUCCUCUUAGUCACUCUGAAUUGUACACACACUCUAUGGACCCUCUAUUGGCUGUAGGGGAUUCAGGGAGGAGGAGAGGUCCCGACUCAGACUAUGAUCUGGCCAUCCGACAACGGCCCAAUGACAGACCGCAACCACAGGAGAGAUAUGAGGAAUGUCAACGGGAACCUCGGUUGACUUUACGACCCCCGAGUCUGGCAGCACCGUACACCCCGGUCCAGAACUGGCACCAUCAGCCUGAGAAACUCAUCUUCGAAUCUUGCAGUUAUGAGGCCAAUUAUCUCGGCUCAAUGCUGAUUAAGGAACUCAGAGGAACUGAGUCAACACAGGACGCCUGUGCUAAAAUGAGGAGGUCGACAGAGCAGAUGAGGAAGAUCCCCACGAUCGUCCUCUCCAUCACGUACAAGGGUGUGAAAUUCAUUGAUGCUGCCAACAAGAACAUCAUUGCAGAACAUGAAAUCAGGAACAUCUCAUGUGCAGCUCAGGACCCAGAGGAUCUCUGCACGUUUGCUUACAUCACUAAAGACCUGCAGAGCAGCCAUCAUUACUGCCACGUCUUCAGCACCGUAGACGUGAAUCUGACCUAUGAGAUCAUUCUGACUCUGGGACAGGCGUUUGAAGUGGCCUAUCAGCUGGCACUGCAGGCCCAGAGGACCAAACAGCAGCAGAGUGCAGCAGGAGGGGCGGAAAUCAUCGAGACCAAGAGCAGCAGACCCGUCCCCAAACCACGAGGGAGUAUGCGCAAGUUAGGGGUAGAGGCAAUGGAUGUGGACCCUCACGGUCAAAGCAGCACUGAGUGGAUCAUGGACUCCAAAGAUCCCAAACGCACCAUUAGCACCAAGCAUCGACCACAGUGAGGCACUGCUGAAGAACUCAUUCACGUCAUCUUCCUCCUUCAGUUUGAGCUAAAACUCCUGAACUGAAUUAAACAUGUAGCAUCAGAUCAGAAGAAUCAACACAGCCAAGGAUUACAAUAGCAAAUAUUGUGACAUUUAGUAUUUUUUGUUGUUGUUUUGUUACAGCCUGGCCUCAUUUGUUUUCCAGUGGACUAUCAGGACUAGAUGGGUUUUCAUUGUCAUUUAUUACAGUUACUAUGCAUCUCUAAUAGAUGAUCUCACUGUAUUUUAUGUCCAGAUGGGAUUUUAGACAGCUGGUAGAUGCUACCUUUAGUGUUCAAGAAGAUAACUGAGUUGGGAAUUGAAUUUCUUCUCUGUAAAUGUAAUUUUGCUGCCAAAUAUGGAUUUACGUUUAGCACUGUGAUAUGACGUAUUGUCUUAUGUCUCAAAUAGUAGACCAGGCUGGGCCUAAAUGUCUAACAAAUCACAAAGGUAAACACUCACUGAGCUCUUUAUUAGGAACACCUAUACACCUACUUAUUCAUGCAAUUAUCUAAUCAGCCAAUUGUGUGACAGCAAUGCAAUGAGCUUCAGUUAAUGUUCAUAUCAACCAUCAGAAUGAAAAUAAAUUUGAUCUCAGUGAUUUCGACCAUGGCAUGAUUGUUGGUGCCAGAUGGCUGGUUUGAGAAUUUCUGUAACUGCUGAUCUCCUGGGAUUUUCACGCACAACAGUCACUAGAAUUUACUCAGAAUGGUGCCAAAUACAUCCAGUGAGUGGCAGUUCUGCAGAUGGAAAUGCCUUGUUGAUGAGAGAGGUCAAUAGAGAAUGCCCAAACUGGUUCGAGCUGACAAAAUGCUACGGUAACUCUGAUAACCCCUCUGUACAAAUAUAGUGAGCAGAAUAGCAUCUCAGAAUGCACAACACAUUGAAGCUUGAUGCGGAUGGGCUAAAACAGCAGGACCACGUUGUGCACUUUAUAAGCACUAUAGUGUUCCUAAUAAAGUGCUCAGUGAGUGUAUCUGUAAAGAACAAAAUUAAUAUUGACUGCUUUUUUUUUAGGCAUUAUCAAGCGGUACUAGCACAAUAAGCAUCGUAAAAUCAGUGACGUUUAGGACGUCAGUUUCGCAAAAGAGUGUCAUGGCACAUCACCCUGAGAUGUUGUUUGGAAAUGCUGUUUUGUCUUUAAUUUUCCUGGAUUUUAAGAUAGAAAUUGAAUCAGAUGUUCUAGCCUUAUCAACAUGCAAUCUAUGUAAUUCCAGUCUUCAUGCAAUCAUGUAAAGGAUAGGUGCUUAAACAUUUACAAAUAUGUAGAAUUUACUGGAAAAAAUCGAAUCACAAGGUUAUCGAGAUUAUACCAUUGACACACUGGCAGCCAGUUUUCUGUCAAAUCCCAUUACAGUUGGGAUUAUGGAGAGAUGACUCAUGACUAGUAAUUGAACAUGUAUCAUCAUAUAGAAGUUAUUUAUUGCCAUAAUCAGCAUCUUAAUGUUCGUUACCACAGAAAAUAAUUUGUCUCUCAUAUUUAAAAAGAAGCAAAAAUCACAAUUACAUUGAGGCACUUACAGUGGAAGUAAAUGCGGCCAGUUCAUAAACAUUACAAUACACACUGUUUCAAAACUAUAUCUACAAGACAUAAACAUUAUACAGGUUAACAUGACUUUUGUGUGAUAAAAUCUAACAUUUUCUAUAUCCAACAGAAUAACUUGGUUGCCUUGAUGACACAAUGCUGGUAUACCCUGUAUUUGAUUUUAUGACAAUAAAAUCUUGCUAACGCAUAAUGUUUAUGUCUUGUGGCUAUUCUUUUGAAACAUUGUUUACUUUAGCAUUUAUGGACUGGCCUCAUUCACUUCCAUAGGAACGCCACAAUUUUUGCUUAUUUUUAAAUAAAUGAGGGACGAGUUGAAAUAAUUUUCUUUUGUAAACAGCAAUAUGCUACAAAGGCUGUCUACAUUGUAUUGAACUUGGAACAUUUCUUUAAUCAGACUAAAAUCAACUUUUAUUGCCUACUUCUCUUUCCUGCAUGAUAUUUUACUCUUUCUUUUUUUAUGUCAUUCUGUUUGUUCUGUUUCCGUGCAAAAAUCCUAUGUCCUCUGAUAAAAACAUUUCGCAUUGGAAUCCACAUAGUAUCCAUUUGUAAUGCCUAGUAAAAAUGCCUUAUUGUUAAAUGCCAUGAUUGCCCAAUCAGAAUAGAGUAUUCCACAUAGCAGUGUUAUAAUAAUUAUAACAGCAUAAUUAAAGUAUAUCUUUUGAUAAUGUAAUAUCAUUAUAUGAUUCAAUGAAAAAAUGUGGUAUUACCAUAUCUAACAUUGAGAGUGCAAAUUCGUGAUUUGAUAUGAUUAUGUGUAGUUUCUUGCAUUGGUGUACUAGCUUAGCAUGCUAAUUGGUUGACAUGCUAACUAUAAGAUAAUUGAAAACAUAAAAGGGAGAAAGUUUUCAAAUUUUUUUGAUUGUUAUAUCAAGGCAUACAAACUAAAAUAACAACAGAAAUAUUUACAAUUAAAAUAGGAUAAAAUCUGCUUUCUUAAUGACUCUCAUUGAUGUGUUAUGAUGUUAAGACUAAAAUUAGCGAGGUUGUAUUAUUUGUAAUCAGGCACUGAAUAGAAUAUCAGAAAAUGUUUGUUCAGCCAAUGAAAUCUCUUUGGGAACAAAAGGGAAUUCAAAUUAGCAGGGGAAAUUGAUUUGACACGACACCAUCUUUCCCUCCUCCAUUAUCCAUUUUAAAUUGUAUUAGCAUGUUUGCAUAAUCCCACAUUUAAUUUCUUUGUUUUAAUCCGUGUGUGUGUGUGUGUGUGUGUGUGUGUGUGUCUCCCUGUAGUUGACAACUGUGCUGGAUGCCAAGCUGAAAGGAAAGUUUCAAUGGCAUUGACAGCAUGACUGUGGAUGAAAUAUCACCUUUUAAUGUGUGUUUAUUCUGAAAUAUGUAAGUGUUGGAAAACUACUCACACCUGCAGCAAACUGCUUCCAUUCAUCACUUGGUUUGCCAUUAAACACACACUAGCCAAAGAGAGAGAAACUGUCCAGUCUGCUGCUCCAUCCAUACGCCAGUUCAACACAGUCCCAUGAUUUGGUACUAACAAAACCACUCCCUCCAAAAACCUCAGAUUUCAGACACAUUCAUAGACAUAUUUUACAGAUACUGGAAAACAUGCCACAGUCGCUGUAUUUUCUCACAAUAAUGACAUUAUCUUUCCUUAGAAAUCUUUUGAGCUUUGUUUUGUUUUCAUUGUAAAUAAUCACAGUGUCUAAUCACUUGUUUUGUCUGUGUUGCGAGUUUAAACCAAUGCUCUUUCAUCUCACAAAGUGUAGAUGCUCUUAUUUUGUCUGGUAAGUUGGGAAAAAAAAACAGUUUAAGUUCGCAAAACUGAUUAAAGUUCAGCAAAAUGCUGACAAGUGAGUGCAGUCUUUUACAGUAUAUCCAAUUAAGAUCAAUCCAUCCAUAAGCAGAGAUGUUUGAUUCUCUCAGUAUUUCAGCUCAAGUGACCAACAUGCUUUGAAAAUGUUCAUGCUAAAUUAACUGUAUGUAUGGGCAAGACAAUACAACCUUAUGAAUUAUGUAUGAUAUGAGUUUUAAUCAGAAAAUAGUUUGAAUUACAAAUGUUGCAGAAACAAUCUGAAUGGCAAAUUAAUAGGUGGUACUAUGUGAUGUAAAUUAUUAUGGCACACUAUUACAGUAUCUUAAUAACUUUAUGAUGGCAUAAGAAUGGUACAGCCCAGAUCCUGGUACUUUUAGUGACACUUACAUGUAUACUGUGAUUUCUAAUACAAAAUUGCAGAGUUAAUGUGACAUUACAAACAAGAUUUGUUUUUAUGUGUAGAAGUUCUUAAUUGAAAUGUUUGUGUUUUUCUUUUAAUUAUUAAGAUGCAGAGAGCAGGGUUUGAUAAAAAAUAAAUUAGAAAAGUUCAAAUGUCAAUUUAGCUUAUUCUUAUGCAGACAAACCUGUGCAUAUUUGUGUGUAGAUAAUUAAUACAUAAAUAUAAUGCGUAGAAGGGAAAUAUUCACGUAAGCAUUUAGCCCUAGUUUACAAGGAUUUUAAGUCUCUAUCUUUUAUUUUGAAUUUCCAUGUCAUUUUUAACACUGGACCUUGAAAAUUAUUUCAGUGCUAUAUUCAAGCAGAUGCUAAUGCUAGCACCUGUAACAGCAGCAGUGUUUGCACAACUAAUCACAUUAGCGAAUAAAAUUGUGACAGUUUGGAUUCUAUUAAUGGCUAAAUGAGUAAAAUAUAAACAAUACUGGACUGUAAAGUAAUCCUGGGUGGUCUGUCUUUUGAUACUUGAAUGAUUCUGCUUGUAUAGUUUCUCUCUCUCUCUCUCUCUCUCUCUCUCUCUCCAGAUACAUGUAUGUAUUUUUAUUUUAUUUUUUACUUUUUGUUCAUGUUUUUGUCAUAUCUAGAGGGGAAAGUUUUUUUUAAAGCUCAACCUAUCAUAAUGUUUGCAAAUGAGCAUGAAACUGACAAUGGAAUCUCUGAGAGACCUUGCCACAAAAUCCAAGAGAAAGAUUGUAAAUAAUCUUGGGCUUCCAGUCUUUUUUAUGAUUAUUAUUUUUCAUAAUUGUACAUCCAAUAAAUGAAGUU